AUGGGGCUGCCAUUAGCCUGCCUGGCAGCCAUCUGCCUGGCCCUGUCUUUGGCCGGGGGCUCGGAGCUCCAGACAGAGGGCAGAGCCCGAGACCACGGCCACAGCGUCUGCAGCGCGUGGGGCGACUUCCACUACAAGACCUUCGACGGCGACGUCUUCCGCUUCCCCGGCCUCUGCGACUAUAACUUUGCCUCCGACUGCAAAGGCUCCUACAAGGAAUUCGCCGUGCAUCUGAAGCGGGGCCCGGGCCAGGCCGGGGCGCCCCCCCGGGUGGAGUCCAUCCUGCUGACCAUCAAGGACGACACCAUCUACCUCACCCGCCACCUGGCCGUGCUGAACGGGGCCGUGGUCAGCGCCCCGCACUACAGCCCCGGGCUGCUCAUCGAGAAGAGCGACGCCUACACCAAGGUGUACUCCCGCGCCGGCCUCGCCCUGCUGUGGAACCGUGAGGACGCCGUCAUGCUGGAGCUGGACAGUAAGUUCCGGAACCACACCUGUGGCCUCUGCGGGGACUACAACGGCCUGCAGAGCUAUUCGGAAUUCCUCUCUGACGGCGUGCUCUUCAGUGCCCUGGAGUUCGGGAACAUGCAGAAGAUCAACCAGCCUGACGUGGAGUGCGAGGACCCCGAGGAGGAGCCGGCCCCGGCGUCCUGCGCCGAGCACCGCGCCGAGUGCGAGCGGCUGCUGACCGCCGAGGCCUUCGCCGACUGCCAGGACCGGGUGCCGCUGGAGCCGUACCUGCGAGCCUGCCAGCAGGACCGCUGCCACUGCUCCGGCGGGGACGGGGACGCCUGCGUCUGCAGCACGGUGGCCGAGUUCUCCCGCCAGUGCUCCCAUGCCGGCGGCCGGCCCGGGAACUGGAGGACCGCCUCGCUCUGCCCCAAGACCUGCCCCGGGAACCUGGUGUACCUGGAGAGCGGCUCGCCCUGCAUGGACACCUGCUCGCACCUGCAAGUGAGCAGCCUGUGCGAGGAGCACCGCAUGGAUGGCUGUUUCUGCCCGGAAGGCACCGUGUAUGAUGACAUCGCGGGCGGCGGCUGCGUUCCCGUGAGCCAGUGCCACUGCAGGCUGCACGGACACCUGUACACACCGGGCCAGGAGAUCACCAGUGACUGCGAGCAGUGCGUCUGCAAUGCUGGCCGCUGGGUGUGCAAAGACCUGCCCUGCCCUGGCACCUGCGCCCUGGAAGGCGGGUCCCACAUCACCACCUUCGAUGGGAAGAAGUUCACCUUCCACGGGGACUGCUACUACGUCCUGGCCAAGGGCGACAAUGACUCCUACGCCCUCCUGGGUGAGCUGGCCCCCUGCGGCUCCACGGACAAGCAGACCUGCCUGAAGACGGUGGUGCUGCUGGCCGACGGGAAGAAGAAUGUGGUGGUCUUCAAGUCCGACGGCAGCGUGUUGCUCAAUGAGCUGCAGGUGAACCUGCCCCACGUGACUGCGAGCUUCUCCAUCUUCCGCCCAUCUUCCUACCACAUCGUCGUGAGCGUGGCCGCCGGCCUCCGGCUGCAGGUGCAGCUGGCCCCGGUCAUGCAACUGUUCGUGACGCUGGACCCGGCCGCCCAGGGGCAGGUGCAGGGGCUCUGCGGUAAUUUCAACGGCCUGGAAGGCGACGAUUUCAAGACGGCCAGCGGGCUGGUGGAGGCCACGGGAGCUGGCUUCGCCAACACCUGGAAGGCACAGUCCAGCUGCCGUGACAAGGUGGACUGGCUGGACGACCCCUGCUCCCUGAACAUCGAGAGUGCCACCUACGCUGAGCACUGGUGCUCCCUCCUCAAGAAGACAGAGACCCCCUUCGGCAGGUGCCACUCGGCUGUGGACCCCGCUGAGUAUUACAAGAGGUGCAAAUAUGACACAUGCAACUGUCAGAACAACGAGGACUGCCUGUGUGCCGCCCUGUCCUCCUACGCCCGCGCCUGCGCCGCCAAGGGCGUCAUGCUGUGGGGCUGGCGGGAGCGCGUCUGCAACAAGGACGUGGGCUCCUGCCCCAGCUCACAGGUCUUCCUGUACAACCUGACCACCUGCCAGCAGACCUGCCGCUCCCUCUCCGAGGCCGACAGCCACUGUCUCGAGGGCUUCGCGCCUGUGGACGGCUGUGGCUGCCCCGACCACACCUUCCUGGACGAGAAGGGCCACUGCGUGCCCCUGGCCAAGUGCUCCUGCUACCACCGCGGCCUGUACCUGGAGGCAGGGGACGUGGUCGUCAGGCAGGAGGAACGAUGUGUCUGCCGGAACGGGAAGCUGCACUGUAUGCAAAUUCGGCUGCUCGGCCAGAGCUGUGUGGCCCCGAAGAUCCACAUGGACUGCAAUAACCUGACCGCACUGGCCACCUUGAAGCCCCGAGCCCUCAGCUGUCAGACGCUGGCCGCCGGCUAUUACCACACAGAGUGUGUCAGUGGCUGCGUGUGCCCCGAUGGGCUGAUGGACGACGGCCGGGGCGGCUGCGUGGCGGAGGAGAAGUGCCCCUGCGUCCACAACAAGGACCUGUACUCCCCCGGGGACAAGAUCAAGGUGGACUGCAACACCUGCACCUGCCAGAAAGGACGCUGGGCGUGCUCCCAGGCUGUGUGCCACGGCACCUGUUCCAUUUAUGGGAGCGGCCACUACAUCACCUUUGAUGGGAAGUACUAUGACUUUGACGGACACUGCUCCUACGUGGCUGUUCAGGACUACUGCGGCCAGAACUCCUCACUGGGUUCAUUCAGCAUCAUCACUGAGAACGUCCCCUGUGGCACCACGGGAGUCACCUGCUCCAAGGCCAUCAAAAUCUUCAUGGGGAGGACGGAGCUGAAGUUGGAAGACAAGCAUCGAGUGGUGAUCCAGCGGGAUGAGGGUCACCACGUGGCCUACACCACGCGGGAGGUGGGCCAGUACCUGGUGGUGGAGUCCAGCACGGGCAUCAUCGUCAUCUGGGACAAGAGGACCACCGUGUUCAUCAAGCUGGCUCCCUCCUACAAGGGCACUGUGUGUGGCCUGUGUGGGAACUUCGAUGACCGAUCCAACAACGACUUCACCACGCGGGACCACAUGGUGGUGAGCAGCGAGCUAGACUUCGGGAACAGCUGGAAGGAGGCCCCCACCUGCCCGGACGUGAGCGCCAACCCCGAGCCCUGCAGCCUGAACCCGCACCGCCGCUCCUGGGCGGAGAAGCAGUGCAGCAUCCUCAAAAGCAGCGUGUUCAGCAUCUGCCACAGCAAGGUGGACCCCACGCCCUUCUACGAGGCCUGCGUGCACGACUCAUGCUCCUGUGACAGCGGCGGGGACUGUGAGUGCUUCUGCUCCGCUGUGGCCUCCUACGCCCAGGAGUGUACCAAGGCGGAGGCCUGCGUGUUCUGGAGGACGCCGGACCUGUGCCCCAUAUUCUGUGACUACUACAACCCUCCGCAUGAGUGUGAGUGGCACUACGAGCCGUGUGGGAACCGGAGCUUCGAGACCUGCAGGACCAUCAACGGCAUUCACUCCAACAUCUCUGUGUCCUACCUGGAGGGCUGCUACCCCCGGUGCCCCAAGAACAGGCCCAUCUAUGACGAGGACCUGAAGAAGUGUGUCUCUGCGGAUGAGUGUGGCUGCUACAUCGAGGACACGCACUACCCGCCUGGAGCGUCGGUUCCCACUGAGGAGAUCUGCAAGUCCUGCGUGUGCACGAACUCCUCCCAAGUUGUCUGCAGGCCGGAGGCAGGAAAGAUUCUCAAUGAGACCCAGGAUGGCGCCUUCUGCUACUGGGAGAUCUGUGGUCCCAAUGGGACGGUGGAGAAGCACUUCAACAUCUGUGUGUCCACUACGCCACGCCCGUCCACGCUGACCACCUUCACCACGGUCACCCUCCCCACCACCCCCACCACUUUCACCACCACCACCACCACCACCACCCCAACCCCCAGCACAGAGCCGUGCUGCCACUGGUCUGACUGGAUCAACGAGGACCACCCCAGCAGCGGCAGCGAUGGUGGUGACCGAGAGACGAUUGAUGGGGUCUGCAGUGCCCCUCAGGACAUCGAGUGCAGGUCCGUCAAGGAGCCACACCUCAGCUUGGAGCAGCUGGGCCAGAAGGUGCAGUGCGACCUCUCCGUCGGGUUCAUUUGCAAGAAUGAAGACCAGUUUGGAAACGGACAAUUUGGACUGUGUUACGACUACGAGAUACGCGUCAAUUGUUGCCGGCCUGAGUGCAUCACCCCUCCACCAACCGCCACUCCCAGCACUCCACCAACCACCACGACCACCCCUCCACCAACCACCACAACCACCCCUCCACCAACCACCACUCCCAGCACUCCACCAACCACCACAACCACCCCGCCACCAACCACCACAACCACCCCUCCACCAACCACCACUCCCACCCCUCCACCAACCACCACAACCACCCCUCCACCAACCACCAUGACCACCCCUCCACCAACCACCACAACCACCCCUCCACCAACCACCACUCCCACCCCUCCACCAACCACCACAACCACCCCUCCACCAACCACCACGACCACCCCUCCACCAACCACCACAACCACUCCUCCACCAACCACCACUCCCAGCACUCCACCAACCACCACAACCACCCCUCCACCAACCACCACAACCACUCCUCCACCAACCACCACUCCCAGCACUCCACCAACCACCACGACCACCCCUCCACCAACCACCACAACCACCCCUCCACCAACCACCACUCCCAGCACUCCACCAACCACCACAACCACCCCUCCACCAACCACCACAACCACCCCUCCACCAACCACCACAACCACCCCUCCACCAACCACCACUCCCACCCCUCCACCAACCACCACAACCACCCCUCCACCAACCACCACGACCACCCCUCCACCAACCACCACGACCACCCCUCCACCAACCACCACGACCACCCCUCCACCAACCGCCACUCCCACUCCACCAACCGCCACUCCCACCCCUCCACCAACCACCACAACCACCACUCCACCAACCACCACUCCCAGCACUCCAUCAACCACCACAACCACCCCUCCACCAACCACCACAACCACCCCUCCACCAACCACCACUCCCAGCAUUCCAUCAACCACCACAACCACCACUCCACCAACCACCACUCCCAGCACUCCAUCAACCACCACAACCACCACUCCACCAACCACCACAACUACCCCUCCACCAACCACCACUCCCAGCACUCCAUCAACCACCACAACCACCCCCACCACAACCACCACUCCCAGCCCUCCACCUACCACCACAACCACCCCUUCACCAACCACCACAACCACCCCUCCAUCAACCACCAUGACCACCACUCCACCAACCACCACUAUCAGCCCUCCAUCAACCACCACAACCACCACUCCACCAACCACCACUCCCACCCCUCCACCAACCACCACAACCACCCCUUCACCAACCACCACAACCACCCCUCCAACCCCGUGUGUGCCUAUCUGCCAUUGGACUGGCUGGCUGGAUUCCGGAAAACCUAACUUUACCAUACAAGGUGGAGAUAAGGAAUUGAUUGGAGACACCUGUGGAGGAGGCUGGGCAGCUAACAUCUCUUGCAGAGCUGUCAUGUAUCCUGAUGUUCCCAUUGGACAGCUUGGACAAACAGUGCUGUGUAAUGUCUCUGUGGGGCUGGUAUGCAAAAAUGAAGACCAAAAGCCAGGUGGGAACAUCCCUAUGCCCUUCUGCCUCAACUACGAGAUCAACAUUCAGUGCUGUGAGUGUGCCAGCCCUCCAUCAACCACCACAACCACCACUCGCAGCCCUCCAACCACUACAGAGACCACAACCACAACACCUACCACCAGCACUGCAACAGUGACUCCAACCCCAACACCCACCACUUUAAGCACAGUGCCCCCCAUCCCCACCAGCACAACCCCCAUUGCUCAGUCAACCACAUCCAAACCCCCACCUGAGUCCUCAGCUCCUCAGACCUCUCAGUCCACCUCCUCCCCUCCCAUGGGGUCAACCACCCUUCUGAGUACCCCACCGCCUGCCACGAAGAUGACCAGCACAGCCCCACCCUCCACACCCACGACACCCACGGCCACCACGAUGGGAGGCCACACGCCAUCCCCACCGCCCGGCACCACCGUGGUCCCUCCAGGCACCCCCACACGAGCCACCACAACUGGGUCACCUUCACCCACCACCCCCAGCACUGCACGGACGACCACCAGCACCAGGACCCCCACGCCCACCACGGUCUCCACAUCCAGCAUCAUCACGACCACAACCAUGGUUCCCGGCACCCUCGUUCCGUGCUGUGUCCUGAACGACACCUACUACGCACCAGGUGAGGAGGUGUACAACGGCACGCUCGGGGACACUUGCUAUUUCGUGAACUGCUCGCUGGACUGCACCUUGGAGAUCUAUAACUGGUCCUGCCCGUCCACGCCCUCCCCAACGCCCACGCCCUCCAAGCCCACGCCCAUGCCCUCCAAGCCGACGCCCACGCCGUCCAAGCCCACGCCCACGCCCUCCAAGCAGACGCCCAGCACCAAGCCCCCCGAGUGCCCAGACUUUGAUCCCCCCAGGCAGGAGAAUGAGACUUGGUGGCUGUGUGACUGCCUCAUGGCCACGUGCAAGCACAACAACACGGUGGAGGUCACGGAGGUGAAGUGCGAGCCGCCGCCCGUGCCCACCUGCUCCAACGGCCUCACGCCCGUGCGCGUCGUGGACGACGACCGCUGCUGCUGGCACUGGGAGUGCGACUGCUACUGCACGGGCUGGGGGGACCCGCACUACGUCACCUUCGACGGGCUGUACUACAGCUACCAGGGCAACUGCACCUACGUGCUGGUGGAGGAGAUCAGCCCCACCGUAGACAACUUCGGCGUCUACAUCGACAACUACCACUGUGACGUCAACGACAGGGUGUCCUGCCCCCGCACCCUCAUCGUGCGCCACGAGACCCAGGAGGUGCUCGUCAAGACCGUGCACAUGAUGCCCAUGCGGGUGCAGGUGCAGGUGAACGGCCAGGUGGUGGCGCUGCCCUACAAGAAGUAUGGGCUGGAGGUGUACCAGUCCGGCAUCAACUACGUGGUGGCCGUGCCCGAGCUGGGCGCCCUCGUCUCCUACAACGGCCUGUCCUUCUCCAUCAGGCUGCCCUACCACAAAUUCGGCAACAACACCAAGGGCCAGUGCGGCACCUGCACCAACACCACGUCUGAUGACUGCAUUCUGCCCAGCGGGGAGAUCGUCUCCAACUGCGAGGCCGCGGCCGACCAGUGGGUGGUGAAUGACCCCUCCAAGCCACACUGUCCCCACAGCAUCUCCACGACCAAGCGCCCGGCCGUCACGGUGCCCGGGGGCAGCAAGACGACCCCACGCAAGGACUGCACCCCCUCUCCCCUCUGCCAGCUCAUCAAGGACAGCCUGUUUUCCAAGUGCCACGCGCUGGUGCCGCCCCAGCACUACUACGAAGCCUGCGUGUUCGACAGCUGCUUCGUGCCCGGCUCGCGCCUGGAGUGCGCCAGUCUGCAGGCCUACGCAGCCCUCUGCGCCCAGGAGGGCGUGUGCCUCGACUGGCGGAACCACACGCACGGGGCCUGCCUGGUGGAGUGCCCAUCUCACAGGGAGUACCAGGCCUGUGGCCCUGCAGAAGAGCCUACCUGCAAGUCCAGCUCCUCCCAGCAGAACAACACAGUCCCAGUGGAAGGCUGCUUCUGUCCUGAAGGCACCAUGAACUACGCUCCUGGCUAUGACGUCUGCGUGAAGACCUGCGGCUGUGUGGGACCCGACAACGUGCCCAGAGAGUUUGGGGAGCACUUUGAGUUCGACUGCAAGGACUGUAUCUGCCUGGAGGGUGGAAGUGGCAUCAUCUGCCAGCCCAAGAGGUGCAGCCAGAAGCCUGUUACCCACUGUGUGGAGGAUGGCACCUAUCUGGUCACAGAGGUCGACCCUGACGACACCUGCUGUAACAUCAGCGUCUGCAAGUGCAACACCAGCCUGUGCAAAGAGGAGCCCCCGCUGUGUCCACUGGGAUUUGAACUGAGGAGCAAGAUGGUGCCGGGGAGGUGCUGCCCCUUCUACUGGUGUGAGUCCAAGGGGGUGUGUGUUCACGAGAAUGCUGAGUACCAGCCUGGUUCUCCAGUGUAUUCCUCAAAGUGCCAGGACUGUGUCUGCACCCACGAGGUGGACAACAGCACCCUACUCAACACCAUCGCCUGCACCCACGUGCCCUGCAACAACUCCUGCAGCCCUGGCUUCGAGCUGGUGGAGGCCCCCGGGGAGUGCUGUAAGAAGUGUGAGCAGACACACUGCAUCAUCAAGCGCCCCGACAACCAGCACAUCAUCCUGAAGCCUGGGGACUUCAAGAGCGACCCCAAGAACAACUGCACGUUCUUCAGCUGCGUGAAGAUCCACAACCAGCUCAUCUCGUCCGUCUCCAACAUCACCUGCCCCGACUUCGACCCCACCAUUUGUGUCCCGGGCUCCAUCACAUUCAUGCCCAAUGGAUGCUGCAAGACUUGCAUCCCUCGAAAUGAGACCAGGGUGCCCUGCUCCACCGUCCCCGUCACCAGGGAGAUUUCACAUGCCGGCUGCACCAAGACUGUCAUCAUGAAUCACUGCUCCGGGUCCUGCGGGACAUUCGUCAUGUACUCCGCCGAGGCCCAGGCCCUGGACCACAGGUGCUCCUGCUGCAAAGAGGAGAAGACCAGCCAGCGGGAGGUGGUCCUGAACUGCCCCAAUGGGGGCUCGCUGACGCACACCUACACCCACAUCGAGAGCUGCCAGUGCCAGGACACUGUCUGCGGGCUCCCCGCCAGCACCUCCCGCCGGGCCCGGCGCUCCCCCAGGCGUCUGGGGAAUGCGUGAGCCGUGUGGGCACAGCCCGGCUCCGCUGCCCUCGGGGGACUGACCCCGUCUACACAGCUCUGCCUCCCCCAGAGGCCUCCUAAGCAAUAAAUACCCUCACUCCAGAUACUUAUUGUGUGAGCCUUUGUUCAGUCUUUGCUUUCCAGUAAUAAACUCAG